AUGGCUCUGUGCGGGAGCAGCUGGCUGGCCAAUGAGGGGAGCAAGCACCUCUGUCUGCUUUUCUGGCUCUUCCUGAAUGUCUGGCUCUUCUGGAAAACCUUCCUGCUGUAUUACCAUGGGCCACAGUACUACUAUUUACAUCAGAUGCUAGGUCUAGGAUUAUGUAUUAGCAGAGCUUCAGCAUCUGUCCUCAACCUGAACUGCAGCCUGGUCCUUUUACCGAUGUGCCGUAUUCUCCUGGCCUUCCUCCGAGGAUCUCAGAAGGUUGCCAGCAGGAAAACAAGAAGGCUGUUGGAUAAAAGUAAAACUUUCCAUGUAACAUGUGGUGUUACUAUAUGUGCCUUUUCGGUCUUACAUGUUGCUGCACACCUGGUGAAUGUCCUUAACUUCUCUGUGAACUAUACUGAAGAAUUUUUGGCACUAAAUGCAGCAAACUACCGUGGUGAGGACCCCAGGAAACUCCUUUUCACUACUGUUCCAGGGCUGACUGGGGUCCUGAUGGUGUUAGUUUUAUUCCUGAUGUGCACAGCUUCUACAUAUGCUAUCAGGCUUUCGAACUACGAUAUCUUCUGGUACACACACAGCCUUUUUUUUGUCUUCUACGUGCUGCUGCUGGUGCACGUUUCUGGAGGAGUGCUUAAAUACCAGAUUAACCUAGAGGAGCACCCUCCCGGUUGCUUUCAUCCUAACACAACUCUCCAAGAGGAUAUUCCAGCGCCAGGGAUUUUAGAAGAGCCUUUUCCUGAAUAUACUCCUGAGCCUUUCCCAGCAGAACCAGAACCAUUUGUACAAAAUAACGUGAGAAUUUGCACUCAGGAACCCAAGUUCCAGUCGCACUUCCCAGAGACUUGGCUUUGGAUUUCUGGACCUUUGUGCUUAUAUUGUGCAGAAAGGCUCUACCGCUAUAUCCGCAGUUAUAAACCAGUCACAAUAACUUCAGUGAUAAGCCAUCCCUCUAAUGUCCUUGAACUACGAAUGAGGAAAGAAAACUUUAAAGCAAAGCCUGGUCAGUACAUCAUUCUGCACUGUCCAAGAGUGUCAGCAUUAGAAAGCCAUCCAUUUACCCUCACACUGUGUCCAACAGAUACCAAAGCAACAUUUGGGGUCCAUCUUAAAAUAGUGGGAGACUGGACAGAAAGAUUUCAAGAUUUACUGCUUCUGCAUUCAAAUCAGGACACAGAGAUUCUACCUAACUUUCAGCAAAGGAAUUACCCCAAGCUAUACAUAGAUGGUCCUUUUGGGAGCCCCUCUGAAGAAUCCUUGAAUUAUGAGGUUAGCCUCUGUGUGGCUGGAGGCAUUGGAGUAACUCCAUUCGCAUCAAUACUCAACACGCUGCUUGAUGACUGGCAAUGCUACAAGCUCAGAAGACUUUAUUUUAUUUGGGUGUGCAGGGAAAUCCAGUCCUUUCGCUGGUUUGCAGAUUUGCUCUGUAUGCUGCAUAACAAGCUUUGGCAGGAAAACCGCCCAGACUACAUAAACAUCCAGCUGUACCUCAGUCAAACAGAUGGGAUACAGAAAAUAAUUGAUGAAAAAUAUCAGGUCCUGAACGCAAGGCUUUUGAUUGGACGACCUCGUUGGAAACUCCUUUUUGAUGAAAUAGCCAAGUGUAACAGACAGAAAACUGUUGGUGUUUUCUGUUGCGGACCAAAUGAAAUCUCCAAGGUACUUCACAAAUUGAGCAACAGCAGCAACUCCUAUGGGACAAGGUUUGAAUACAAUAAAGAAUCCUUCAGCUGA